CCGUGCCGAUCCACAGCAGUCCCAGCAGCAAGAGUCGUUGAACGGCCCGCAGACCCUGCCGUUCCGCAGCAGUCCCAGCAGCAAGAGUCGUUGAACGGGCUGCAGACCCUGCCGUUCCACAGCAGUCCCAGCAGCAAGAGUCGUUGAACGGCCCGCAGACCCCGUCGUCCAGUCCGUGAUCACAGCCCGCAAGAUGUUGCGAGGUUUCGUGAUUCUCAUCGUCGCCGCGGCAGCAGCGUCGGCGCAGGACGCCGCUCCGGCUUGCUUAAUGACGUUGAAUGAUGCCGCCAAUGCUAUGACAAGAACGGCGAGGUCUGUUUGCUAUCCACAGUACACUGCGGAUGUUGUGAAAUUUGAUAAUAACCCGAACUGCAAUAUCUACGCUACAUCGUACUACGCGACUACAUGCGAUCCAAUUGUUGCCAACUACAUGAAGUGCACACUCAAAGCAGCCAAACUUCUGAAGGUCAACAACACCUUUGACGAAGCAGCCUUCAAAGCCACCACGUUGAAGAACAAAUGCAGCACUGACGCCAAGUUUAUAGCUGCGUACCCGCCGUGCAAGAACUCCACCAUGAAAUAUUUGCACGUCAGCCGAUUCAUCUUCUGUCUCAUGCAGAAUACAUACGGCGAGUGAUGUCAGGAAAGAACAUUGAAAUGAGCCAGAAGAAGACGAGCUGAGCAUCAGAAUACGUUUCUUCUUCUAUAACUUACUCAUUUCCGCUUAGAUGGAUUGCUGACGAGUAUAUUGUAAUGUUGCAAUUUUGAGUUCGGAAUUUCUUGGAAAAUGUUCGUGGCUGUGUUUCAAUCUUUGAUUGACGGAUUUUUUACAAUCGAGUUUCACUAUCUCUUCCCCAUAAAAUAAAGAUCCAGGAAAAGGAUUGUAGGAUGCAUUUGCUAUGACCACAUAAAUGUAC